GCUGAUUAUGACAGCACAAGUUAACCUCGAACUUUGAAAGUUGAAAUUAUUCACGAUAAUUUUUAAACAUUAUCCAGUUCAUAAAACAUGAAGAACAAUGGGUAACACUUAUCAGUUUUCGUUGCAUUGAGGGCUACAGAUAACCAGCAAUAGGUUGACUAUGUGAAUUUGGCAGCUAGUUGUUGAUUACCUUAACCACUUUGAGCUGAAAAGAUGAUUUCUUCGAAAACCAUGGAUGAAAUUUGUUCGGUGCUGGACACGUACAAGGGCAGAGAUAAGGUUAUAAGAACCCUGUGUUAUACAGCCCGAUUAGUGGCAGGACUUACUAGUGACAAAGAUUUGGAAAGUAAACUGAUGGCUGUGAGCAAACAUCUGUCUGCUACAAGAACAACUCUCAGACUUAUGGAUGACAUACCGUUAUUGAAGAGUUCCCUUCAAUAUGGUCUUGGAAAAGAGGAAAAUAAUGCUGUUAUGGCUACACUGGGAGUGACCACCAAUACGAUUGAUAUGUCAUACUUGGUUAUCGAAAAAUUAGGGUGGCUCGCUGAGUACGGACUAGUGAGUGGUGUGGAUCGAACUAAAUGCGGUACCCUCACUUCGGCAUGUUGGUUGGCCUCUGUUUAUUUGACUUUAAUAAGAACGAUAAGAAGUUUAUAUCAGACAAGAAGAAUGAUUGAAGAUUUGAAAAGUCAAAAUGAGCCACAAACUAAUGUAUUUCUUCAGAAACUGCAGGCCAAGGAGAAAUUCCAAAUGAUCACUUGCGUGAGACUCUCCCUGGAUAUUGUGCACGCAGUGAGCACAUUACCGAAGGGAUUUCUUUGGUCGUCUAGUUUGAAGACGUGGCAAGUAGGUUUGGUCGGUACUUUAUCUUCGGUUCUUGGAUUGUAUCAGAUUUUCGCGAAAAAGAAUUUGUAAUUUUUCCAUCUUAUUAUUUUAAAACAUUCCGGAUAUCUGAUAGUGUGUUUGUCUCUCUGAUUUUCCGCAGAAGGUUGGAUUUGUCAACUUUAAUUGUUAAUUUUUGAAAAUACCAUGAUAAGACUAAAAUUCAUGAUGCCUACGGUAUUAUAUUUCUAUAUAUGUAUACAGAAAUGGGGAUUUUUCUUAUUUAUUGUUAACUUUAGUCUCUGUUUAUAUGUUCGCUCAACAUAAAAUGAAAAGGAAGGUGAAUUAGGUGAAGG